CAUCAAGAAGCGGGUCAUGCUCCAUCAUAACGAGCGAACCACUUGAUCAGAACCGCGCGCCACCGCCGCCAGAUCGCCAACGCGGUCACCGAAGUCAGUCGAGUGGUAACAAACUUGAAAUUUGGACGCUCGAGCGCAAUCGUUCCGACGCGAGUCUUUUAGCAUUCACCGAAUUCCGCGGCGCAGAAAUCGAUCCCGUCAUCUGGCGGGUCAUCGCGCUCCCGAGUUGCGAGCGAAUGUGUUAUCGUGGCGGUUCGAACGUAGAAUAUUUUUGUUCGAUCGAAGACGAUUUUCGUAAUAAUCGUAAAAAAUCAAAUGGUCCCCUUUGGUUGGGCCAAUAACAGUGACGUAGUGAGUGCUCUGGUGCUAAAUGAAUUGCAAUAACCAAAGUCGCUGCAGAAGACUGGACGUAAUCAGUUGACGGCGCCGAUGGAGCAUGAGGCCACAGAGUGACGCGUUGGCUUGCUGCUUGUGUCUGUGCCGAUGUUUAUCGUGUGGAUUAGACCUGCUCAAAGUUGAUGAAACAAUUAUCGCACUGAGUUGAGCAGACAGGAAUUGAUUCUGCGAAAAAUAAUCAAUUUAGUUAAAUUUGACUAAAGUGACUUCUAAUAGCCUAAUCGAAAUCUGAUGCAAAUUUAAUUACGCACCGAUUAACCACCCCCAAAAAAGUUUCACGCGAAGCCACUGCCAGUGUCUGACGUGCGUUUCGCCGACUUCAUGGAUCCCUACGAUAACGAACAGACGUUCAUCCGAACCUUCACCGCCCCGGCCAGUUACUAUGCUGGUAGCGUCCGGAGCAAUGCCACCGCCACCACCAACGGGGCCGCCGAGCGACCGUUCCCGAUGAUGCUGGCCCAAAAGUUGCGACGGAUGGAAAAUUUCGAUCUCUCGGCGACACCUCCGCGGGCGCCGUCCCCACCGCCCCCGUCGCUGUACUUCGAUAACAACUCGUCCGUGUCAUCGACGUCGUCGGUGGCCGAGCCGCUGGAUCUGAACGUCGUUCAACUGCUCUAUCAAAUCUGCAAGCGCACCGCACGAAGUUGGAUAGAGGCGAAUUUCCAAAAGCGCGAAUGCAUUAAAUUCAUCCCGAGCUUGAAGAAUGAAGAAGUAUGUUGCUGCGGUCAGGAGAGAAGAACCCACCAGCUGGUGCCGGGAAUCGAACCGGGCGUCCUGGGCGACAUUUGGCAACCACAGAAGCAUACCAGACCACAGCCAACCGAUGCCUACGGGACGAUCGAAUUCCAAGGCGGAGCACACCCAACCAAAGCGCAGUACGUACGCCUAUCCUACGACACCCGGCCAGAGCUGCUGGUUCAAUUGUUCACUCGCGAGUGGAAUCUCGAGCUACCCAAGUUACUCAUCACCGUCCAGGGAGGCAAGGCAAACUUCGAGCUGCAGCCAAAGCUGAAAAAGGUGCUACGGAAGGGAUUGCUCAAGGCGGCCAAAACAACCGGUGCAUGGAUUUUCACCGGUGGAACGAAUACAGGUGUCACAAAGCAGGUCGGUGAUGCUCUGCUGCUCGAAGGACAGCAGCGAUCCGGGCGUGUUGUCAGCAUUGGAAUCGCCCCGUGGGGCAUCGUCGAACGAAACCACGAACUGCUGGGACACAACCGGGACGUUCCCUGUCACAGUAUAAGCUCACCACGCUCAAAAUUGGCUGUGUUAAACAAUCGUCACGCUUAUUUCCUGCUCGUAGACAACGGUAGCCAGGGGCGCUACGGUGCGGAACUGAUCCUGCGGCGGAAGCUGGAAAAAUACAUAUCGAACCAAAAGUUGCAACCCUUUACGCACUCGAGCACACCCGUAGUAUGCUUGGUAAUCGAGGGUGGCACAAACACAAUCAGAGCUGUGCUAGAAUACGUUACCGAUAGUCCCCCGGUGCCGGUAGUGGUUUGUGAUGGUUCCGGCAGGGCUGCCGAUCUGAUCGCAUUUGUACAUAAAUACGCCUCCGAUACGGGUGAACAGGUUGUGUUAGAAUCGAUGCACGAAUACCUCUUGGGUACGAUACAGAAGACUUUCGAGGUUGGUCCAGAGCAGGCCGAACAGCUUUAUCAGGAAUUGAUUUUGUGCACUAAAAAUAAGAAUCUGAUAACAGUCUUUAGGAUACAGGAUCGACCCGAGGGAAAUGCUCCGGAACUGGACCAAACGAUAUUAACUGCACUUUUUAAAUCCCAGCACUUGAGUCCUCCGGAGCAAUUGAGCCUAGCGUUGACCUGGAACCGUGUGGAUAUCGCCCGGACGGAGAUUUUCGUGUACGGUCAGGAAUGGCCGCACGGUGCGCUAGACGAAGCAAUGAUGCAGGCAUUAGAGCACGAUCGGAUAGAUUUCGUCAAGCUAUUACUGGAAAAUGGAGUUUCCAUGCGAAAGUUCCUCACAAUUCCGAGGCUGGAGGAGUUGUACAACACAAAGCAUGGACCGGCAAACACCUUGGGUUACAUUCUGAGGGACGUUCGGCCGCACAUACCGAAAGGCUACGUUUAUACUUUGCAUGAUAUAGGAUUAGUGAUCAAUAAGCUGAUGGGAGGUGCCUACCGGUCUUACUACACUCGACGGAAAUUUCGGCCAAUCUACGCAAAAGUGAUGAACAGUUACGUGAACACUCACCGGAAGCCAUCGACGUUUGCGAGAACCGCAGGAAUUAACUCGAUGAGCCUUGUCACGGGAUUGUUGCCAGUGACCUCCGAUAUGGCCUUAUUCGAAUUUCCUUUCAACGAGUUACUAAUUUGGGCUGUUCUCACCAAACGUCAGCAGAUGGCACUGUUGAUGUGGACACACGGCGAAGAAGCCUUGGCCAAAUCAUUGGUAGCAUGCAAACUGUACAAGGCAAUGGCACAUGAAGCCGCUGAUGACGAUUUGGAUACGGAAAUCUACGAAGAGCUACGAAGCUAUGCAAAGGAAUUCGAGGUCAAAGGAUUGAAGUUGUUGGAUUUCUGCUAUCGUCAGGAUGGUGAACGAGCACAACGAUUGCUGACGUGCGAAUUACAGUCAUGGUCUAGUCAAAGCUGCCUUUCACUCGCUGUGGCAGCCAAUCAUCGAGCAAUUCUUGCCCAUCCGUGCAGUCAGAUCAUCCUGGCCGAUCUUUGGAUGGGUGGAUUGCGAACGAGGAAAAACACUAACCUAAAGGUUAUUUUGGGUCUCUUAGUUCCCCCUUUCGUCAAGAAGCUGGACUUCAAAUCGAAGGAAGAACUGCAGCAGAUGCCUCAAACGGAAGAAGAGCAUCUGGAAAAUCAAUGUCUAGACUUCGAAGACAAUGGCAAACAUAAUCCAGACGCAGAGGCGCUUUUGUCCGACACGUACUCUAUGAAAGAUACCAAAGUGCAGGAGAAUGGAAAAGUAUCCCUAACGGACUCGGAAAACACGCAGUACAAAGACUACAUGUACGAUCACGACUUGCGGAACCAGCGACCGCUCAAGUUGAAGAAAAAGUUCUACGAAUUCUACACGGCUCCCAUCACGAAAUUUUGGGCUGAUUCGAUGGCGUAUAUGUUCUUUCUGGUGCUGUUUACGUACACGGUGCUGGUACGGAUGGAGCCGACACCGAGGUGGCAGGAAGUGUACUCGAUAGCAUACAUCGCCACACUGGGUUGCGAAAAAAUAAGGGAGAUAGUGUCAUCGGAACCGGUAGCAAUUUCCCACAAAUUCUCCGUUUGGGCUUGGAACAUGUGGAACCCGUGCGAUGCUGCGGCCAUAAUUUUCUUUCUUAUCGGGCUGGUCCUUCGAUUGCGGCCGUACACUAUGGAAAUCGGUCGAGUGAUAUACUGCGUGGACAGCAUCUACUGGUAUCUGCGAAUAUUGAAUAUUCUUGGCGUCAACAAAUAUCUGGGACCCCUGGUGACGAUGAUGGGCAAGAUGGUGAAGAACAUGAUUUAUUUUGUCGUUCUUUUGCUGGUGGUAUUGAUGAGCUUCGGUGUGAGUCGGCAGGCUAUUCUGUUCCCAGAUAAUGAUGCCAGCUGGAGACUGAUUCGUGAAGUCUAUUAUCAGCCUUAUUUCAUGUUGUAUGGAGAGGUGUUUGCAGACGAUAUUGAUCCACCUUGUGGAGAAGACCCCUCUCAACCUCAAUGUGUGACAGGUCACUGGGUAACGCCUAUUGCCAUGUCGAUGUACCUCUUGAUUGCCAACAUUUUGCUUAUCAAUCUUUUGAUUGCGGUUUUCAACAAUAUCUUCAUCGAGGUGAAUGCUGUAUCUCAUCAGGUUUGGAUGUUCCAACGGUUUACGGUUGUGAUGGAGUACCAACAGAAACCUGUAUUGCCACCCCCUCUGAUAGCAUUCUGCCAUUUUUAUUCUUUCCUGCGUUACCUGAUCAGAAAGGCAAAGGGGUUACAACAGUCGCGGGACAACGGAUUGAAAUUGUUCUUAGAAAAGGAAGAUAUGGAGCGAUUGUACGAUUUUGAAGAGGAAUGCGUAGAAGGUUAUUUCAGGGAACAAGAUGCUCUCCUCCAACAGUCAACUGAAGAACGAAUUAAGAAUACAGAUGAGAGAGUUGAAAACAUGUCGCAGAAGAUAGAAGAUAUCAAUCAAAAGGAAAAUAUGCAAUCGGCUACAGUUCAGAGUAUUGAGUUUCGAUUAAGGAAGGUGGAGGAAUCGGCCGACCAAAUUCUUUCACACCUGGCAGUGAUCCACAGAUUUAUGUCCACGCACACACAAAUGCAGGACACUUUGGCCGGGUCCAAUGACAACAUGAAUGCAUUGGGAGGGCCAGGAGGUGGAAGUAUAACGUUUGACACAAGAGCAAGGACAAUAUCCGAAAGCGAUAGCAAUAACGCACCAACAACGCAACCAAGAAAGAAGAUCAACAGAUCGUUGACGGAAGUUAGACCCGAUGCCUACAUAUUCGACGAUGGAUUGCACUUUGAAGUGAGAACAGUUCCAGAAGAAAAUGAAAGCGAACGUUCGCCAGAUAAGUCGCUAGCGGUAUCCAACGAUCGGAAGCUAUCCAUGCACUCGGAAUACUCAGAAAUGUUCCUACCUCAAUCGAAAGUGAUAUCUCCCGCCGAAUCGGCGGGAGUGGCAAGCUCAACCAAUAAGAUAAAAACGCCCUACCUGAAUGUCCGACAGGAUACGGCAAGCACUGAAAGUAAGGAUACCCUCACCCCAUUGGAGAACUGUGAUGAUCGUACGUUGGUGGGGGAUGGAUCCGCUGAAGAUGUUGUCGAUCCCAACUAUGAGGGGCUAAGGCAGCGCUCUGUUGGUCGACGGAGAAGCAGUACCGUGGGUGGUCGAAGAAAUUCUGAGAGUGCAUCUGGUUUCGAUAUCAACAAGUCUCAGAACAGUUUGUAUCAAAGCGGGUUUGCCAAGCGGCAACACAGCGUUACCCAAUCUGAGCCGGACAGUGGUAACGAGCAACCGGUACAACGACCAGUUACUAGAGGUAGAGGUCUUCUCCUGCAAAUCCAUAAUGAAUAUACCUCCAUUACGGAUGAGCUGGAAAGUGUGUGUCAUAUGAUCACAUCCCCGACAUCCUCAUUGAUGGAUGAACGCCAGAAGAAUGUAAGCGAACUGACUAACCCUGAAUUUGCAGCACUGAUAGAGAAGAAACAUUUGAAAGAAUGCGAAGACAGUGAUUACAUGAUGCUAGAGAAGCUGUUACAAACGCGGUGCUCAGUGGAUGAAAGUGACGACAUGUUUGACGAUGGACCGGAAGAGUAUGGUCCGCGGAAAAUGUUGCGUCGGGAAACUGCCAUUGAACUACCGGUUACUCCGUCAAAGUCCAACAUUGUCUCGUUAGCGGACAGUACAACGCCGGCGGAUGACUAUACAGUCAAAAACGAGCGGCAAUCUGCUUCCAAUCGGAACUCACUUCGAGAGUCCAAAAAUUCCCCAGUGUCCUUAUCCAGUCAGAACUCGCCACGCAAUUCUCAGUAUCUGCAGUCUACAUAUCUGAACCCAUCAUCUUUUGACGCAUCUCAUCGAUUGUACAAAAAAUCAUGCGAAAGCUUGCAGAAGAACUCCAGUACCGACACCGAGUACUCCAUGCAGCCAUACAAAUUCAUCAAGCAAAGCUCAAACGAAACCAACAGUUCAUUCAACAUCGAUAAUUCCUCAAUCGCCAACGAUCUCUCGAUGGACGGCGAAACGAGCCUCAACUCCACCGUGAUAGAAUUGCUCUCCGGAGCGAAUCUUGCCCCGGAAGACCGGUCAGGUUUCACCAAGCGAACAUGUUCCCUUGGCAGCGCUUCGUUGGCGCAUCCUUCAGACUCACGACCAGGUUUCCUCAAAAAGCAAUUCAGCGUAGAAAAGCCAUCCGCAAGCGGGAGUAAGGUUUCCGGUUCAACCCCGGAAGGGCUGGAACGGUUAGCUCCUGCAAUACCUCCAAUCAUUGCUGGCACCAGCAUAGUUGGUAAGCCACCCCCAUCGAAGCGGUUCGCCGACAAUCUUAGUGUGCUCGGCACUAAGUCAAUAAUGGCCCUCCUCAAGGAAAGUAGUUCCACCAGCACAGAAGAUACCAACACCGGACCGCUGAGGGAACCGAUCCCGUGCAUCAGCACCAACAUCGUGCAGGACGAGAUCGCCAAACUAUCCUCGAAUAUCAAAAGCAGUACGGAUGAGGAUACGGAUCUGCCCAUCAACGAAACCAUGUGCUGAUUUUAGUUGUACCUUUAGUUGGUAAGGUGUAGCGUUUCCCACCCGAGCACUCCGAAAAUUCCUGAUCCUACCACACAAACCCACCUCCCCGCAUUCGUUACUUAAGAGGGAAAAGCCGGAACGCUGAGACUGAGUUCUGGGUGAACCGAAAACACCACCUUCACCAACCACCAUAUACCGAGCACAUCUAGUUGUAUAGCGUUAUAAGCGGAAAGCAUUAUAUCAGGAGUGAACCGAACAUAAUCAUCACAAGAAACCCUUGGGGGAACGACCCGGGGGUUUCGGUUGCAAGUAUUGCGAGAAGAGAACUGCAGUUGACCAUAACAUGGCCGUGUUAGGUAGGAGGAAGAGUUAGGAUUCGAAAGUAUGUUUGUUAUUUACACGAUAAGAUUAGGAAUGAUGAUGCAUGAUUGUGAAGCACUUUCUGGAGGAAAUACGAUUUGAAGAGUUCUGUGCACGUGACCUUGGGAGCUAUGACCUAUCAAAUCAGUUAAACUUGAUGUGAAACUUGAAAACCAACGGAAAUAAUGUGGAUUAUGAGUCUGGCCAAUCUUUGAUCUACAUGUAUCCAUUCCGUCAUAUUUAAAAAAAUGCCUUAUUUGUCAAAA